CAGGUAUGUCAUUUUGUCAGAGGGCAUACAAAAUUUGACAUACAAAAAUUAGGGUGUGUUUGUAAAUUUGUACAUUCAAUUUUCUUUUAGUGGGCACAUAGUUUAGUAAUAAUUGGUAUACCACCAAUUAAUUUGUGUUUUAUCAAUUUUGAUAUUAACAUAAUUGGCACAAAACGGUACAUUUGGAUAUUAGUCAAAUAAAAAAGUUGUUUACAACAAUCUCUACAAUACUUUAAAAUUUUGGGUAAUAUUAACAAGGUUUCACAGCAGGAAAUAUGGCUGAGCUAGCAGCACUAUUACAGACUGAAAUUCCCGAAGGACGAAAUCAUCUCACCGAUAGCCACACUAAUCUUGAAAGGGUGGCAGAUUACUGUGAGGCCAAUUAUUUUCAAUCCGAAAAUAAACGUCUCGCUUUGGAAAGUACAAAAAACUACACCACCCAAUCAUUGGCUAGUGUUGCAUACCAGAUUAAUACUUUAGCAUACAAUUUCCUACAACUGCUGGAACUGCAGACCAUGCAAUUGGCUGAGAUGGAAGGCCAGAUGAAUCACAUAGCCCAAACGGUUGCCAUACACAAAGAAAAAGUAGCACGUCGUGAGAUUGGAGUUCUUACAGCAAAUAAAGUCACCAAUAGGCAAUAUAAGAUCAUUGCACCAGCAAACCCUGAGAAGCCAAUAAAAUAUGUGAGAAAAAGCAUUGAUUACACAGCUUUGGAUGACAUUGGGCAUGGUGCUCACUGGAGUAGUGGGGCAACUGGAACACCGCGUGGGCGUCGCUCGAGCUCUGCUCCCGGGGUGGCUCCUCUACCGGCUCCAACAACCAAGCCUCCAACGCCACCUGCGGCUGUCAGGUCCUCAUCAGCUGCCAACACUGGAACGCUUGGACGUGGAACAUUAGGAAAAUCUUCACGAGAAUACCGCACUCCUCCUGCAGUAGCACCUCCUCAAGUUCCGUCACAUUAUGCACCAAACUAUCCACGUCGCCCACCUGGCUACUCCACUUUGCCAGUUGCACAACCCCAAGUGGGCAUGGUUCACCCGAAUCAACAUCAGGCACCAACAAACUAUUCUCAACAGGAACUGCAUUCCAGUAUGCCACCUCCGCCGUCUCCUUUGAUCGGAUCUGACGGUGAACACAGUCAGCAUUCUAUGAGUCUUCCGGGACAGCGUGGCUCAUCGUCGUCUGCUGGAGGCGGGUCGGUCCGCGGCGGCAGUGUGUCCCCGCCCUUACCGCCUCCGCCCAUGGAGGAUGAACUCGCCCACGAUGCUUUUGGCAGACCGCACCAUGCCAACUUUUCAUUGCAGAACAAAAUGGGAUCACAGUACACGUCCGCCGUACCCGCUAUUGUACCCGACGAAGAAGAUCUGCCAGGUUGGGUGCCAAAGAAUUACAUAGAAAAAGUUGUGGCGAUCUACGAUUAUUAUGCUGACAAGGAAGACGAACUGUCCUUCCAAGAAAGUGCAGUUAUCUAUGUCCUAAAGAAGAAUGACGACGGCUGGUGGGAGGGGGUCAUGGAUGGAGUCACUGGGUUGUUCCCCGGGAACUAUGUGGAACCUUGUGUUUAGGCAAAAAGUAAAUGUUCAUAAACUAACUCAAAAACCAAUCAAGCAAAUUUAAUAAAAUUUAAACAAAAAAAAUAAAAUUAUCUUGUAGUGAAUGAAGAACAAAUGUUGAAAGAAAUAAAAUUCACUUUAGUGAUAAUUAAAGGAAUCAUUAAAAUAUAAGAUCAGCUUAAAAUAAAAUCAUUGAGUAUUCAUAGACUAGAGCUUUGUAAUAGGUUCUUUAGUGCGAGAAAUUUAUUCAGUUUUAUGCCAAUGCUUUAUAUUUUGCGUUUAAGGACAAGACUGGGAUACUUUUUAUUUUUCGUUCAUUGAAGAAAAUUGUUUAGGUCAACUCGUAAGGUCUUUCAGAUGUUUGUGCGUUUUUCAAUCAUUUUGUAAUACAUUUAAGAGCCACAUCAAAAUGCCGAAAUCUACCUUAAGACACAAGGUCAGAGUCCCAAUUCAAUUGUACAAAGGUCCCACCUUUCAAACCGGACAGCACGAUUGCUUCCUUUAAGGUCUAACAAUACAUCUUUUACUAACCAUAUUGUUUAAUUUAAGAUAUAAUAAUUUAAACUAGUAAUAUUAUUUUGAAUAUUUUAAAGCAUAGAAGAGAUAUCUAUAAAAAUCUUUAACAUUUAAAAAUGUUUAAUUAUUACAAAAAAAAAAAAAGAGUUUUUAAGUGUUUGUAAUUAGGGUACACUAUGGUCACUACAGUAAUAAAACUUUGGUUAACGGCAAUGUUUAAUGAGAAUUAGCAUUUAGUUACAUAUACAAACAAGAUUUAUUUUAUGUUUUAACGUAAAUGUUUGAGAAAUCGGAACACUAAAAAUAUAGGCUUUUUAUUAUUAAUCAAAUAUUUGAAAUUUAAUGUUAUUACUUUUAAUAAGAUACUGUAAUUAUAUUAUUUCUUGGCUGAUUUGAAGUAACACUGUAUUUACAACUUAAGUCCUAAAUACCAAUUUGCAUUUUAUUAAAUAAAACAUUUUAUUGUGUCA